AUAAUACUGAGAUCAAUCGUUCUCAUGAGAACGCCUAUUCCCGGUUUCGAGAAUAGACAUCCAGAAGCCAGGCCAGCAAGAUCCAAAUUUAUUUCGCAGCGCUCCAGAAGCUAAGAGACGCAAUCCAAACCGACACAAUGCAUAUGAACAUGCCUCGACCUAUUAUCGCCACUGUCUCUGUAUAAAGUCACUGUAGUGUAUACCAUGCUAGCCAGAGAACUAAAUAGGUGGAAACUGUCAAUGUCAAAUCUUCAAUCAAAAUUUAACAUGUAAAUAAUCGUCAUCAUAAUUCACGAAAUUAAAAAAAAAAAAAAAUGGAAAAUGAACAGCUUUCAGCAACUAACUCUGAGCAAGAGAUAUUUGAAAACCAACAAAUAGAAGAAAUAUCGCAAAUUCAUUUGCCGGACACUAUGGAUUCCCAAACAUCACUAGUCACAAUAAUUGAACAGCGUCCAUUAGUUGUUGUUCGACCACGUCCACAAAGUCCUUUAACUCAGCUGUUGAAUUCGGCUACAAAUAAUUUGUAUGAGGAAUACCCGUAUCUUUUCAAAACAAUAGGUUUUGGAGUCCUUUUAACUGUAUGUGGUCUGCUGCUUGUUGGGUUUAUUUACUCCCAAUCUGAUUUCAGGUCGCGGAUAAGAUGGAGGAGAUCCGUGAGAAAAUUUAAAAGAUUUUCCGAGACUUUGGCUCCGUCCAUGAGCAAGUCUCUCAUGGACAUCUAUCCAGUAAUCAAACAGAUCAUACAGGUUGCGCAAGCUGUUGUAAACGAGAAUUUUGAAUAAGAAUUUACUUUUUUCAAAAGUAAAUUUUCUAAAUAAAUCCUGCUACGCUUUUCUUUUCCCCUUAAAAGCAGACUAACAAUGCGAAUGAAAAAAGGCAUAUUCGCCCCGGAGAAAACGGAUAAUUAUUUUUCUGAAAGCGAAAGCAACAAAAAUGGGAGACAGGAUUUAUUUACCAGAGGCAAAUAAAACAUCAAACCAUAAGGAAACAUACAGUUAAUAAACUUUUUCUAAAGUGUAUUCGUUCUUAGGCAGUUCCAUUAAAGGUUAUAAAUGACUAACUCGCUAUUCUGCUCUGCAUUCAGAAGAUUAAAAUUAAAAGCUGCUCUUUAAAAAAGCUGGAACAUUUGGGACAAGUCGAAGUAAUACGAGACAAAUACCUUAAACUUUGGGGGUGGAGUGAUUUUUUUCUCGGGAUAUCAGAUUUAACAUUAGGAUUUAAAUUUGGAUUUAGUAUUUGCUUUGCAAGGGGGACUUGAAAUUUGAAUAUUCCUUAUAUUCUUGAUCCUUCUUUUUUUCUAUUAAUAAUUUAUGAUUUUUAAAUUACUUUGGGAGUAAGUUGAUGGAUUUUUGCUUAGAAUAGGUUUUUAACUUUUCAAGUCUGCG